GGGACCAAAUCCAUCUCGACAGAACCUCCUUCUCCAGCCCUUUAAUUGAGCGUCAUUCAGAUCCUCGACGGACCAACGCGGCAAUUGACCAAUUCCCGAGUCUCGAACCCUUCGAAAUACCGACAUCAUGAGCUUCGUCACCCGCCGAGCGCUCUCGACGCUCAUUCCUCCCAAGGUCGCUUCUCCCAAGGCCAUUGGCGCCGCUCCUGAUGCUAUCCGCAUGCAGCGUGUCGUCAGCUUCUACGAGAAGCUUCCCCGAGGUGCCGCCCCCGAGGUCAAGGCUAAGGGUCUCCUCGGCCGAUACCAGGCCAAGCACUUCGGCAAGAACCCUACUGCCAAGCCCAUCAUUCACCUGAUUGUCUUCCUCGUCGGUAUUGGUUACGCCCAGAACUACUAUUUCCAUCUCCGUCACCACAAGAACAACGCUCACUAAGCGAGUGACUUUUUGAUACCUUAGAUGGAUCGCUGUGUGAGAGGGAGCGGGGGUCGUGUACAUAUAAACUCCGGAAACUUCGCGGUCGAAUACGCGACUUAGCUUCCCUAUGUAUCUCUAACAAGCAAGUGAAGUGACACUACUAUCACGUUUUGGUUAUAUGAUGGCCUGCCUUUGAUUCCUAUAGCUGUGUUUGUGGUUAGCGAAAGCUUCCGCCUGAGAGGUGGGCUGAUGAUAUUGCUGCGCAGCUUAGCACUGUCAUGCUAUGCUCUUGGUU